UUACGUGCCUGGCAUCUGGAUCGGGAUUUUUGGCCUAUGCGGGAUCGGUACAUAUAUAUAUAUAUAAUGCUACUUCCAGCAAAAGAGAUUUUUGGAUAUCAGUCACGUAACGGAUAUUUCCUUAUUGAUAUGCGAUUACCGCGCAUGCGCACGUACUGCACACCACUAAGACAAUGGAAACAUUUUUUCUUUUGCAUAAAUUAAGCCGACAGGCAAACACAAACAACAAUCACAGGGAGGGAACCCGAAGGCCAGAUAAUAAAGAAUUUCAACGAGUCGAAGCCACCGCAAACAUGCUUAGAAUAAAACCAAUAACAACAAGAACCCAGGAGCAGCCAUAAUAAAAAAGAAAGAAAAAGGAAACCGCCGAGGAAAACCUACCAGCGAAAACAAUAUUGCAACAUGCGGGAGGGAGACCACCUCGAUCAGGUAGCUACGAUCCCAUCCCAUAGACCCUGUGCACAGGAUCAUGGCAAACAUUAUCACUUUGUUGAGAACCUAAAAGACCCGAUGUUCCAUCCGUUCGAAUCGUUUCGAUCGGGCACGUUCGUGUUUUAGCUCGUAAAAGUUUCUUCGAUCGUUACUUUCAGUUGCUUGCGCACAUUCAAGUCAAUCGGUUGGCUCCGCUCGAUUCCUCACCAAAAAAACUUUACGGAUUACGCUGACGAAUCCUUAUACUAAAAUCAAGGAAUUCGAAUGUAGUAACAUUAUUUUGACCUCUACUGUAUAUCCAUACAUGUUCGUGCCCAUCUAGAUAGCAGAUCUUGGUGGCUGUUGAACUCAAGAGAAUCCACUUGAACCAUGGCAAAAGUGCCGAUCACGCUGAUGAUCAUUGCUCUCGUCUCUGGCUCUCCGGACUUGGGAUGCGAUUUUGGCCAUCACCGCUGUUUCAUCGAUGUCACUGCGGAGAAUGGUUUACGCCAGCGGCAAGUCCUCUCUGAUAUGGACAUAACGCUACAGUGCAGCCGACCAAUGGCUCAAUGGUUCUAUCAGGAUAGGUUUAAACUCAGAGGGCCCAUUCUGCGACUUGAACGAGUCCAGAUCGAAAAUUCUGGGAACUAUGGCUGCCUGGAUAGUCAGAAGAGAUGGUUUAACAUCUCCCUGCUUGUAGGUCAUAAAGAGCAAGUUGACAACGACAUAGCCAGCUUUGCCAAGGUGGUGGCAGCAAUCCCAGAAUCGGAUCUCUACUUUCAGCCCCUAAAUCAAAGUCGAUCGCUGAAAUUGCUACAACCACUCCCGAAAUCCGUCCAACGAACGGCGGGUGGUCUCUUCCAACUGAGCUGCAGCCCCACUGAUCCGGAUGCCACGGGUGUUAAUGUAUCCUGGCUGCACAAUGAUACCCAAAUCCUGGGUGGACGUGGUCGGAUUAAGCUCAAGAGGUGGUCACUAACUGUGGGUCAACUGCAGCCAGAGGAUGCUGGAAGCUAUCACUGCGAGCUGUGUAUAGAGCAGGACUGUCAGAGGAGUACUCCUACCCAGUUGGAGGUGGUUAGUCGGAUUCAUACUGUGCCCGUGCUAAAACCAGGAUAUCCUCGCAAUGCCAGCAUUCCUCUAGAAGAUAAUGUGAGCAUUGAGUGCCUCCUGGAGGACAGUGCCCUCGAGCCGAAGAUCACGUGGCUACACAAGGAGAGCGUUGACAAUAUCGAUGAUGUUCUGCAGAGACUAAGAGAGCAAUCCCAAAUACCGGUGGACAUAACCCGAUUACCUACACUUAUGGAUGAGCCACAGGUGCUUCGUCUGGGAAAUGUCCAGAAAGAGGAUGGUGGUUGGUAUAUCUGUAUUGCCGAGAACCACGUUGGACGCACAGUAGCCGCCGCUUACUUGGAUCUGUACAGCCCUUUGGACACUACCACGACGCGAAGUACGACCAGCACUACAUCAGGUACUCCAACAUCUACUGCAUCUACCAUAGAUUACCCGGACGAAGAUGUGGAUAAUGCUGCAGGUGACACUUCUGUCCGUGAGCAUCCACCUGUAUUCAAAAAAGAGCUGAAACGUUUGCAGCACUCCCUGUCCGGAAAUACAGUGACUCUGGCCUGUCCAGUUUACGGCACCGCCAAUAUCACCUGGACCAAAGACAAGAAGCCCCUGAACCGUGAACUCGGCGUCUAUAUUCAAAAGAAUUGGUUACUGCGCUUCGUAGAGGCCACCAGUAAGGAUUCGGGAAUAUACAACUGCGAGGUGUGCAACCCCUGGGGCUGCAACCAAUUUGAUUUCAGCGUUCAGAUUAAUGACCGGACACGAUCCGCACCAAUUAUCGUGGUGCCACAAAAUCAGACUGUGAAAGUUAAUAGCAGCUUGGUGAUGAAGUGCACCGUCUACUCGGAUCUACAUCCAACGGUCAGUUGGAAAAGAGUAGCCCUAAGGAAUACCUCACUUGAUGGUCUUGAGUCUAUAGAAUUCCAAAAUCUCGAUUUUGCCGUGAUGAAUGACUCCGUUGUUUUGUCCCUUCGUAAUGUUACCUAUGACCAGGAAGGAUGGUACACUUGUCUGGCCUCCAGUGGCCUGGGUAGUAGCAAUUCCAGUGUCUACCUAAGAGUAGUAAGUCCUUUGCCGCCCUUGGAGAUCUAUGCCCUGCUUCAUGCCCAUCCACUCGGAUUUACAUUGACUGCCAUUACCAUGGUGGUCCUGUUUCUGCUGGGCAGUAUCUUCAUAACCUUCAUGCUGCGUCGUCUGAGGAGAGAGAAGCUUUUGAAGCUCCGCAUCGAAACGGUUCAUCAAUGGACCAAGAAGGUCAUCAUCUAUCGUCCAGGUGAAGAUGAAGGAAGUGGCUGCAACUCGGGGGAUCUUCAAAUGCCAGUGAUCAGGAUUGAGAAGCAGAGGACCACCGUUUCCACAACGGGAACGGGUGGUACUGACCCAGCCCAGGGCUUUAAUGAGUACGAAUACCCAUUGGAUUCUAAUUGGGAGAUUCCCAGACAGCAGCUCAAUUUGGGUUCUACUCUGGGCGAGGGUGCCUUUGGACGUGUAGUUAUGGCGGAGGCGGAGGGACUGCACAGGAUUCCACAAUUGGCUGAAACUAUUGUGGCCGUUAAGAUGGUCAAGGAGGAGCACACGGAUACGGAUAUGGUUAGCUUGGUAAGGGAGAUGGAGGUCAUGAAGGUGAUUGGCAAGCAUAUGAACAUCAUCAAUUUGCUGGGCUGCUGCAGUCAGGGUGGCCCUCUGUGGGUUAUUGUGGAGUAUGCUCCGCAUGGAAAUCUGAAGGAUUUCCUCAAGAAGAAUCGUCCCGGAGCUCCGCAGCGUCGAAGUGACAGCGAUGGCUAUCUGGACGAUAAGCCUCUGAUUCCGGCACAGCAACUUGGCGAAAAGGAGCUCACCAAGUUCGCCUUUCAAAUAGCUCGCGGAAUGGAGUACCUAGCCUCAAGACGGUGCAUUCAUCGUGAUCUGGCGGCACGUAAUGUUCUCGUCAGCGAUGGCUACGUGAUGAAGAUCGCCGACUUUGGCCUGGCCAGGGAUAUCCAGGAUACGGAUUACUAUCGAAAGAACACAAACGGACGUUUGCCCAUCAAGUGGAUGGCGCCCGAGUCGCUGCAGGAAAAGAAGUACGAUUCACAGAGCGACGUCUGGAGCUAUGGAGUUCUAUUGUGGGAGAUCAUGACCUAUGGUGACCAGCCAUAUCCACAAAUUCUAUCUGCGGAGGAGCUCUAUAGCUACCUGAUUACGGGUCAGCGCAUGGAAAAGCCGGCCAAGUGUUCUCUUAACAUUUACGUGGUAAUGAGACAGUGUUGGCACUUUGAGUCCUGUGCUCGACCUACGUUCACGGAGCUGGUGGAGAGCUUCGAUGGGAUUCUGCAGCAGGCGAGUAGCAAUCCGAAUGACGCCUAUUUGGACCUUUCAAUGCCCAUGCUGGAAACGCCGCCUUCAUCGGAGGAUGAGGACGAUAGUUCCGACACCGAAACAUUUCGGGAAACAUUCCGGGAGACAUCUCCACUUAGAUAUCAGUUCAUGUAUAAGUUUAAUUAGUGCUUAGUGCUUAGGAAACCAAGAGAUACCAACGAGUCUAUAAGAACCCAUCGAAGCAUCGCUAAAGAUACUUUCAUAAACUUUCAUCCCAGAAAUUGCCAAAGAAAUUGUCGCAAAAAUCGAAAACAUUUGGAUAGAAUUAUUCCGAGUUUUAUAAAAUAUUUGCAAUUCAACGAAAAGCAUGCGAUUUUGGCUUAAGGACAAAGACUUAAUUAGCUUAGCACUCUCAUUAUUUAAUUAUAUUUCUCAUCCUUGCAAUGUUUGGUUUGGGGUCCUUGGAUUUUGUUUACUUCAUAAUUCUUCUUGUUGAGGCAAUAAAAACGAAUUUGUUUUACUGUAA